AUGCGUCUUUGCGUCUCUUCAGCUCUCGCUGUUGUGGCCAGCGUCUUGUCGCUGGCUAGUGCCGACACCACACCCGUGUCGGAUAGCGACAUGACCAACUUGCUCAACGAGGGCGGUGUUUCGCUGGCGAUGAAGGCGGCGCCCAUGUUCUUCUUCGGACAGGCCCUGAACCAUCCGCCGUGUAUCCCUACCUUUGCGACCGACAAGAGCAACAAGCAGACGCCUCCCGCAGACCUGUGCGACUGGCCCAACGCUGGCUGCAACUGCCGCACUCCUGGCGUGCCCAUCGGCAAUCCGGCGCCGUCUUUCCCCGUGUACUUUUCGUACGAGAAAUGUACCGAUACCAGCGUCCGCAUUCAGUACUCUCUGUUUUAUGAGAAGGACGGAUUCAAUCCCGCCAAGCUCUUCGGUCACCACUAUGACUGGGAGCGCGUUAUCGUCAUCUGGAAAAAGUCCGACGAUGGCUUAUGGCGCCCAGCAGAGAUUAAGCUCUCGCAGCACAGCGGCUACCAGACUCUGGAGUGGGAUCAGAUCCAAAACACCUUCAACGACGAUACGGCCGGCCAGAAGCUCGGCGGGCCCAACGGACAGAAGAACCUCAACCAUGCCAAGGUCUAUGUUGCAUGGGCCAAGCACGACCACCACAACGACCGCAACACGGGCUUCAACGACGUUCUCUCGCAGCUGACGAACAACGCGUUCCGCUCUCAGGACUGGUGGUACCUGCCACAGCGAGGUGACUACAUUCGCGCCGACGGUUCCACUGAGAUCGGCCGACUGAUGAGGGGCAUGGACUGGGGCAGUGCCAGCUCCAACCCGGCCAGUGUUCAUGACGGACUCUGCCAGGCCUAA